UAAACGGCACCGCAGACCGCGGCCCGAGGUCGGCCACAGCGCCGCAGGCUUCCCCACCACAAGCCGCCGCGACACCAUCAACCAUUACUGAUAACGCGAGACCACGUCCACCGAGGCCGGCCAUUCUGACACCUUCAGCCCCAACGAGGUCGUGGGCCCCCAAAGAGAGGAGGCGCAGUGGGUCAGUAAGGGGGAGUUGCUCCCGCUCUCGCUCCCUCUCCCUGCACCCUGCUCAGCAUGCCCCAGCCCCUGAGCACCUCCACAGCUCUCCCAGCUCCACUACCAUGUGUAGAUGGACAGUGACACAAGGUGCACCGGUCGCCUGGUUCUCCGCCUGCCCCUGCUACAGACCCCCUUCGCUCCUCCUCUCCCUCGUCUUCCUCGCCCUGCUUCUCCUGCUGGAGCCCUCCGCGUCCUCGCCCGUGUCCGCCUCCUGGCCGGACUCUGAGAAGAACCACAAUGCACCCCGAGGGACGCCCCCUCGCAUCUUCAUCUCGCACCGGCCGCCUCCCUCGUCGCCCUCACCGCCGCACGCAUCCUCUGCGAGGUUGCCGAGGGCGACCAACGUGUCAUCGUCCUCCGCGACUGUGGUCGGGCGCCACGUGCGGAGCAGCUACAACCAUCUGCAGGGAGACGUGCGCAGGAGGAAACUGUUCUCCUUCCAGAAAUUCUUCCUUCGCAUUGAUAAGAAAGGAAAAGUUAAUGGCACCAAAACUGAGGAUGAUCCAUACAGUAUGUUGGAGAUCAAGUCAGUGGAAGUGGGAGUCGUGGCCAUCAGGGGCCUCAGCAGCAACUUCUACCUGGCAAUCAGCGAGAAGGGAGAGCUGUACGGAGCGAGGGACUUUGGUCCGGACUGCCAUCUGACUGAACGCAUCGAGGAGAACAAGUACAACACCUACGCUUCGGCAACGUGGCGCAACAAGAAAAAGCACAUGUUUGUGGGACUGAACGCCAACGGCAAGCCGAUGAGGGGGAAGAAGACACGCAGGAAAAACACCGCCACUCACUUCCUGCCCAUCGUGGUGCAACCGAGAUGAAUGGACGCGAGGGAGCUCUGCCACGCGCAGGGUGUUGGACUUUUGGGGAUUUACGGCGACAGCUACAUUGGACAGAUCUGAAUCAGAUCUGAAUGAUGCACUGAGAAGGAACACAAUGGAAACCUAUGGACAUAUUUAUCUCUGAUGGAUAAAGACAUUUCUAUUUUGAAAGAAAGAAAUAUGAUAUAUUGCCUUACAAUUAUUUUCAGUUUUAAGUUAUCAAGUACAUUUUCACAGUAGAAAAUAUGGAAAGAGAUCUGUGCCAAAAUGUGAUUAGUAACUCAAAUUUCUAGAUUUGUGUAGAUGUAAUUUGCUUGACAGGGAUGAAACAAAAUGACAGAAAUAUGUGGGAUGAAAGGAAAAAGACAAGAGGAGGUAUAGAUCAAAAACUGACUGACAGAAAAGGAGAAAAUAAAACAGCAGUAAAUCAAAAGAAUGAGAAAGAAGCACCAUAACAGAAAGUCUAACACCAUCAUAUUUUUUCUUUAAAUUUAUUUAUUUAGUGUAUUAUUUAAUGAAUAAGAAAAAAAACACAAAAAAGGAUGAACUCUGUCUUUUUUUUUUUUUACCAUUUAUGCUUAU